CUCACAACCCACAACCCGCAACAAAGCCGCUGCACAGCCCGCUCACCACCACUUCUCUUCCUACAAUCACCACCUUCCCUCCAACAACCAUUAACACAACCACCUCUAUCAACUCCACUAGGAGCACUCUACAUCGUCAGCAACUCCUAUAUCAACAAUUGCUAUGUCCACCAUGAUACACUCGAGGCUUCUUGCCCCCGGGGCCUGUGUGCGCGUAGAGAGUCGAAGGAGCCGUUGCAGCUCCGGGCCUUUGGCCCAAUAAGACACCUUCCUCCAUGGAAACAUCUUGUAAAGAUGAACCCAACCAUUGCCGACAACGAUGAUGCCGACAACGAUGACGACAACGCCGCCGUCGUCAGCGGUGGAGACUUAUUCAUCGAGACUACGGUUCCGGACGAUUAUCGAUCUCCUGAUGGCUCCGUACCCCCGUUCAAUGUUCGUUUUCUGGUAUCCUCAUCGGUUCUCUGGGCGGCCUCGCGAGUCUUCAAUUGCAUGUUCGGCCCCGAUUCUUCCUACCAAGAAAGGAUCGAUCUAUGGCAGUCAUGGAUCACGGGACGUGGAGGUCCGUCAGUAGUGGUGCUUGACGACGAUCGCGAUGGCCUCGAAUACGUUUUUAAUGCGCUCCAUUUCCGAUAUGGACUACUUCGAAAUCCCAGUGUGCCGCUGAUGGCAGCCGUCUCCGAUAACGACUCAGUCGAGACCAUGUCCGAUGGGAGCGGUUCGGACGACGUGGGAGAGUACCCUGUGGUCGCGAUACUCGGGCACAAAUGGUCGGACGAAAUAGAGCAGAUGCUCUACCCCGUGCGCUGGGAAGACUUUGGUCUUGUCGCGGCUACGUGGGUGAGGAUUCCGACCCGGAGGAGACCCGGAGGAGACGCUUCUGACCGAGGAGCAAAUUCGUUCGAUCGAAAACUAGACCGAAAGGAGACCGAGGAAGACGAGGGAGACGUUACCUUUCACUGUGGUAGCGAUGCCGGUAACAACUCCGACUACGGCGGAGGAGGGCCAGAGAAGCUGGCGGAGGAGGAUGUUGAAAUAAUUGAGCAGAUGUUGGCUGUUCUUUGUGAGGAGGAUUUCGUGUACUAGUAGUGAUAGUCUAUACUGAAGAGUUGUUUCUACUAAUUACUCCUGGCUGUGUAAUGAACGUGCCUGGCAAAUAAACGUUUCU